AUGAACUAUUCAAUAAUGGAAAGAAAGAAUUAUACUAAGCCAAUUGUUGGAUAUUGGUUAUUAGGAAUUUCCGGAUUGACUUUUGGUAUAGUUGUAUUAGGGGGAUUAACCAGAUUGACUGAAAGUGGAUUAUCAAUUGUAGAAUGGAAACCUAUAACUGGAAUCAUUCCUCCAAUGAAUCAUUCUCAAUGGAAUGAAGAAUUUAAAAAAUAUCAACAAUUUCCCGAAUAUAAAUUACAAAAUUAUGAUAUGACAUUAUCGGAUUUUAAAUAUAUCUAUUUUAUGGAAUGGGCACAUCGAAUGUGGGGUAGAAUGAUUGGAAUAGGAUUCAUUUUACCUGCAACAUAUUUUGGAAUUCAUGGAUAUAUGUCAAGAUCCGUGACAAAGAAGGUUAUCGGUUUGGCAGGAUUACUUGGUUUUCAGGGUCUAUUAGGAUGGUAUAUGGUUAAAUCUGGACUUGAUGAGAAAUUAAUUUCAACACCAAAUUCUAUUGCUCGAGUUAGUCAUUAUCGAUUAGUUGCACAUUUAGGUAGUGCAUUCCUUCUUUAUGCGGGAAUGUUUUUAACUGGUUUACAAAUUAUUCGUGAUGCAAAAAUUAUAAAUGGAACUUUUCCCAUGGAUGUCGCCAAAAUGCUUGCGAAUCCAGCUCUCAAGAGAUUUCGUCUUUUUUCUAUCGGUACUGCUGUAUUAGUAUUUCUAACCUCUAUGUCUGGAGCAUUAGUCGCUGGAUUGGAUGCUGGUCUUAUUUAUAAUGAAUUUCCAUACAUGGGACAAAAUAUUAUUCCUCCAAAAUCUGAACUUUUUUCUACAAAUUUUGAUUUAUGGCGAAAUUUUUUUGAUAAUCCAACGACUGUUCAAUUUGAUCAUCGAGUUCUGGCUACAACAACUUUUACUGUAAUCAUGACAUUAUGGUUAUAUUCUCGUCGUUUUAAUCUUCCACCGAAAGUUCGUUUAUUAAUUAAUAGCGUUCUUGGUGUAGGAUGUUUACAAGUAACUUUAGGAAUUAGUACUUUAAUUUAUUUGGUACCAAUUCCUUUGGCUUUAGCACAUCAAGCAGGUAGUUUAACUCUUUUAACCACAGUAUUGCAUUUAGUACAUGCCAUGAGAAAAGUGCCAAUCAAAUUGUAA